UAAUCCCCUCGCACGGUCUCGUGGCCGACGUCGAUUGGUGGCUCGACGAGGGUGGAGACUGCGCCAUGUUUGGCGGUCGCAUCUUCACCGUUCUCGCGUGUACCUACGUAGUACACAAUAGCCGCGCGCUGACAAUUCGUCAGCCGUAAGCGAUACACCACCGAUGAUAGAAUGGCGAGACCCGGUAAAGUAGCGACACGGCACUUCCACCAUGUCCACGAAAUCCAAGGAGAAGGUGGUGGCCGCCAUCCGGAAGCUCUUCCGGUCCUCCGAUAAGAUAGCCGAGCCGGAGGGGGCCAGCAGCUCGACCAACUCGCCAUCGAGGAGACUCCUGAAUCGCCACCACCGUCCAGAUGCCGUCACUCCAGUGGAUGGGCCGAUACUUGAAAAUUCCGACUCCACUCAUGCCGAUCGCAGUUGUUUCUUCAAGGCGAAGAAGUCCGCAAAGACUUUACUCGUGCAGGACAACAAUGAGUGCAAGGCCGCCUGCGACAAGGACAUCGGUUUGCGUCGGCUAAUGAAGGAGUUCAACAGGAUCCAAAGGGCGCACCGUGUCGACUCCGCCUUCACCGUGGAGCUCGUCAAUGACAAUGUUUUCGAGUGGUUUGUCCGGCUGCACAAGAUCGACCCGGACAGCAAGCUGGCGGCCGAUAUGCGCGAGUUGAAGAUACCUCACAUACUGUUGCACGUGAUUUUUCCGAAGGAGUUCCCGUUUGCGCCGCCCUUUAUGAGGGUGAUCUCGCCGAGGAUCGAUCAGGGUUUCGUGAUGCAUGGCGGUGCUAUCUGCAUGGAGCUUCUCACGCCGAGAGGAUGGUGCUGCGCGUAUAGCGUCGAGUCCAUGAUCAUGCAGUUCGCGGCCAGCGUCGUGAAGGGCCAGGCACAAGUGGCGAGGGUGCCUAAGCCGAACAAGGAGUACAAUCGACAAUUGGCCGAGGAGACAUUCAAGAACCUGGUGAGGACGCAUGAGAAGUACGGUUGGGUGACGCCGCCGCUUGCCGAGGGCUGACCGCAGAAAAUUUCAUCGUAGAAAGCGACGGAAGAGAUCUGCGUUUCUUGCUUGAGAAGAGGCGCUCGAAUCGACGUGACUUUUCCUCCCCGAUUUCCCCGGAAGCGCCGGCAAUGAUUUCUUUGUUGCGUUAGGAAAACCAAAGCGUAAUUUUGUUGCCUAAUUGCAGCAAGAAGAAUGCACACAAGCAGAUGUAGCCAGGAAGAGCACCGAGCUUGUCAGGUGAACAAAGCGCGUGUGGAAGUUUUUUUAGUCAUUUUUUAAUUUUUGUAAUGAAAAUACGUAGGAAUCUAUAAAAAAGAGAAUUUCAAGAUCUUUAUACUUUUCCAUUUUUCAUUUAACUGUCCCUUUUGCGUUGAAGAGACGAGUGCCGAGUACAAAAGUACUAACUUCAAUCGUUAAUAUGCCAAAGAUGUGAUUUUUUUUUAAAUCCUCUGCGCGUCAAAAGGGCAUUUCUUAAAGAUCUCGAAGUUUUCUUGUGAGUUCUUACAUCUAGGUCAUUAUGCCAAAUUAAUUAUUAAGAUAAAAUAUAUGGAAUCGUUACAAUAUAUCAUCCUUAGUCGCGUUUUUCGGCAAAAGCUUGCAAGAUUUACCCGUUGAAUAUCGGAAGCUCAUAACAAAGUAUUCUACUUCAUUAACUUCAAUAAAUGAACGAAGAAAAGAAAUUGCUCAAUAAUGUGUACUGAGAUACUGUUGCUGUUAAAUAAUCGAAGACUUGAUGGAAUGUGUAAAUACGAACAACGAAAAUAUGACUAAAUAGUACGGCUUGGUUCUUCGCUUUGUGAAGUUUUAGUUUAUGUUGAUAUCUUAGAGAAAAAGAUAUUUGCGUCCAAAUUCUUCCGCGGAAGUCUUGAUUAUGAGCUUCUACGAUAGUUUAUGUCCUUUUCUAAGGCCCAACAAUAUACUAUCUAUUAUGUAUAAACGAUUUUCUAUAUGUUUCUCGAUCGACUCGAUUCGCAGAAGUGUUUGUACAUACAGUCGUUAUGUUGGGCAUAUACUUGUAUGUGCCAAAUAAAUACAAGUUCGAAGUAUCUAACGUCCCUUUGCAAAACUUCAGAUUAACACUCAAUCGCGAAGGUUUGCGCGACAAGGUAGACGCUACAGCUCAUCAUGAAUGAACGUAUCACGAAGCGUAUCUAGAUUAAUAAGAGACCCAAUUAAUUCUUCAAAUGGUUGGACUUUAAUAUGACGCCGAGAAGUAUCUGUACAAGAUUUUCAAAAGUAAAUACGAGAGACAGAGGUUAAAUAUAAAUGAAAUAUUUACAAAUACAUAACGGGUAGCCGUUACUAGUCUUAUUUCGGCGCAUAUUAACAGUACUUUUGGCCUAUUUGCCGUAGUAAUUUGCAGUAGUUUAACGGCAGGCGUAUAUAUACCGUGUCUUUUCCACCACACAUCACAUUCUACGUUUAGACGUUUAGGAAUGACGAGUAAAAAUGUACAGCACGUGAGAGUGCUAAUCUUUCCUAUCUCCGUUAACAGCUUAUAAACUAAUUGCAAGUUAUACUUAAAAGCGAUUUACAAUGCCGUUUUAUCAAAUCUGUUGGAAUAAAGUUGCUAUUCAAAGA